CAGAAAUAUAAAAAUACUCGGGCUUUUAAUCCGACAUUACAUGAUACAUCACGAAAGACCAAGCAGAUUAUGGAGACACAGAUACAGGGUGUUUGCAGUCGUUGCAAAGACGUCAUCGAAUGGAAAAUUCGAUAUAAGAAAUAUAAACCCUUAACUCAACCGGGUAAAUGUGUUAAAUGCUUGGAACGAAACAUAAUGCAAAGUUAUUAUGUAAUUUGUUCUAAUUGCUCAACUACACACGGUUAUUGUGCCAAAUGUGGCAAGAAAUUUGAAAAUAUGGAUAAGUAA